CUUACAAGAAACCAAGCACCUCGAUCCCCCAAGAAGUUAGAUUGACUAGAGCUCCGAGACCAAGAACAUUGCCAUAGACUCGAACGACUUGCAAUCUCCACCUCUGAACUCAUGUACAUAUGUCAUGUUCUUUGAAGUUAGACUUUGGGAGGAAUCGUGUCCCUUAAAGGUGCUUGUAAUCCGCGGUGUCAUGAUCGGGUUGGUGAACAGUUACCAAAACGGUAGUGAAAGUAGUCCGUAGACACCACCAUGUUGGCAGCAAAUUCAAGAUGCCGGUAGCUGAGUAUCUGACAAAAAUCGCCUCGACUUCCAAAUUCCUGUUUGCGCGUGCUCGAUGCUAAAUCAAUCCAUCAAGAGUCGCCGCAAGCGGAGUUUGGUGGUAGUGAGUGUGCUUGACUUGUAUUGUUAAAAAGUGUGUGGAGGGACUCUGAAGAUGAAUUCUGAGAAUCCCAUUGCCGUACCACGCAACAGAGGCUAGAUUUGCAUCAUUCAGAUUUAGAGAAACCUUGGAAUAUAUUUUUUUCUAGGUUCUCUAGCUAUCAGGUGUCAUUAGUCGUUUGUGAGUAGAAUGAAGGUGAUGCAGCAAUAGGGUUGGGUUUGGGUUUGGGUUUGCUGUUUUCUCUUGGGCAUGUAGGGUACAGCGAUGGGGAUAGACAUAGAAGCAGGGGAGAGGAGAGAUGUAUCUAUCGGAGGUACGCUCCAGGAGGGUGAUGAGCAGGCUGACGAAUACUCAACCCAUUCAUCAUCCACGGACGCCGGAGGCCAGUAUCAAUGUUUUUGUAAGGAAUUCGAGCGGCAGAGUUUUUGCCGGAGACUUGAAGCAGAAGCUCGAGUCGAAUUUCAGUGGAUGACAUUUUAUAAGGAACUCAUAUAUCAUGCGUUUUUUCCAUUAUCAUUGCCUCUGAUCUACUGGUUUGAAGGUGGUACGAAUGGCAUUAUAAAUCGGCAGUAUUGGGGUUCACCUUUUGCAAUAGCACAAUGGGUUCUCGGCAUUACUUUUUAUGCUAUGAAUGUGCUCUCGGUGCUUUAUACGACUCCUGAUAUCGUCAUCGUGAACAUGCUGAUUAUUAUGCGGCAUAUGGUUAUAGCAACCAAGUAUGGAUUCAAUUCGAAGUCGGAUAUGGCUGAAAUGCGACAGAAAGUGUUGCCACAUCAGAAAUUGGCCGACCUUACACUUUUCAUAGCGUGGACAAAUCCGAUCCCUUUGCGAGUCCUGAAGCGACAGCUUCUGCUAGCUGCCGCUCGCAGCAACAUGCUAAUAUGUACAUUAUCUUUACGGUUGGUGCCUGGCGCCUCCAGAAACACUGUGCAAGAGAUCAUGCAUCGGCUUUCUCAUGAAGGUCCGGAUUUUUGGCGCAGAGGGAGAGUAAUAUCUCGCAAAAGAAAAAUGCAAUCUAAAUUGCAUUCGAUCCAUUGUGAAUAUUGCUUGAAGAAUUCUUUCGUGGAUAGGGAACUGGAAGAUCGUUGGGUACAACUUUGUAUGACCCAACUUGACGCGGAUCCAAGAUGUCGCCUGCCAGGGAGCUGUGAAGCAUUUUCUGAAGGGAAUAAUGAGGUUGAAGGUCAUGACAAUAUGACUGGUGGAAUGGAUUCUGACGUCGUUCCAUCUCAGACAGAGAAGAUAAUGACCGACCAAGUUGACCUUCCAGCACUCCUGUUGGCCGCUCACCUCCUCCAGCAAUCGGGUGACCUCCUCACGAAGAAGAAGUUCGGGCAUCAAUUGUUUAAAAAUCCUAUGCGAGUAUGGUAUGCUGCAGGAUGUGUGGCCAUUUUACACACAAGCAUUCCAUAUAUCGUCCGCGGUAUUACAGGCGUACCAUCCGUUUGGGGAGGCAAUGCGUGGUAUGUUCAUGUUGUAAAUUUAAGCAGCAUUGUCAUCAGUUUUCAUGCUAUGACCUCAAGUGUAUCAUUCAUGAUAGCUGGGAUCGCUGACUUCCGUAGACGAUAUUUUGCUGCUCGUCUCUUGAAUACCUUGUUAAAAGAUGGGUGCUUCGGGAAGGACACUUCUCCAGUAGUCGAAGCUGGGAUAUUCGCACAGGAAUACAAGAGUCAAAAACCGCGGCGCAAAUCGGAAUAUCACACUGCAGUGACCGUCGACUUUGGUCACGCCUCUUCCAUGAUUGGGUGGUGGUGUGUGAGAGUGUUGGUUUUAGAUUUUGGCCUUGUGUUUUCUAGGCGUGUGAAGUACUACGCAAGCUAUUUUUGUGUGUACUGUGGGGUGCUCAUGGCAUUCCUGCUGAUAGCUCUUUUUUCGAGUGGCACCAGGAAAACGUCAUAUAUCAUGGGUGUAGUAACAUUUGACCUAAUCGUCUUCAUAGGCUUGCUAGCUCUUAUUGUAUUCCCUGGUGGAGAAACAAAUAGCAUGCACCUUGGGCACGGGGCAACCCUCGUUUUCAAAAAGAUGGAGUUGGCCACAAAAUUGAAGGAUGGUCGUUUGAGUUAUGCUUCAGUGAAGGAAAGAGAAGAAUACAGCUUCGCUCUCGAGGUUAUGGUGACAAUCUCCGAAGCCUUGGCGUGGGACAACACUAUAACGAAGGUGACAAUUUUGGGCUUCAAAGCAGGCAGUGAGGUGAUAAGUGUACUGUUGGGUUUUGGUGGAGCUGCUAUUGGCAUCGUCGCACAACAGAUGACUUCAUACUUGGGAAGGACUUCGCAGUAAUUAUCUGGUGUGGCUCAAAAUGCUACUGAAUAAUGUACUAUAUAUAUAUAUAUAUAUAUACAUCAGAAAAAGAUAUCAUUCUUAGAUCAAGAAUUUCAAGUGGCAAUAUAGUGAGUGCCAUUUCAAUCACUGGUCCUUAUCAACUUUACAAGAAAAGACCAUGACUGAUAUCUUGAAGCAACAUCUGUGCGUUUCAUGUUCCUCAUGAUCGGAAAAAUGGAGGGAAUGUUGUACAAUCCCUCCCCCUGCCCAUCAUCUGGUGAUUUGCCAGGGGUGUACCGAAGGUCACUAUGUAGGAUUUUGAACUGUUGCGAAGCACAACCUUGAGAUUGUAAUGAGCGUACCAGUUCAUUUAAAUAGUCCAAGAAAGGGAUAUGGCACGCUCGGCAUCUUCAUACACGUAACGGGCUUCCGGGGAGCGAAUCCUUUGACACAAACAUUCUUCCUCAAGCUUUUCACACCAUUCUCCCUCGGUGUACACCAGUAAUUUUUCGCUCCUGUUGGGAGUGUGUUCGCAAAUUGCUUACCAUUCUCCCAAGACCAUGUCAUCUGCUCUGCAUCGGAUGUGAGUAAUGGCCGUGAGCAGUUCAGAAAACUCCUCGGUGAUCCACUCGAAUAAAUCUUCGCGAGUCUUGUUCUCGUUUUACUUCACAAACCUGUCUUCGAAACCAGGAACCGGCGCGAGUUCAAGAAGAUUAGCUAGGAACCCUUCCCUGGUUUAGAGUCCCCUAUGAUCUGCGGACUGUGCUCGUUUUACUCAUCCUCAUUCAUCUGUUUAAUUUCGCUUAAUUGGUGUUGCCACAUGCAGAAAAUUUGCGCUUGUUCCUGUCAGAAAUUUCCAACACACGGAAGGAGAAGUUACAUUCUUCACAAGUUUGUCAAGUGAUGGAAAGCAUUGAAAAGUUCUGUAUACAGAUACUACAGCAUACAUCUAUAAAUAACUCAUCUAUUUUUCUUUUGAAAA